AUGCUCGCAGGAACCGUGAUGCCCCUCGUCCCCAGCCUCGCGACAACGCCCUGCUUCAGGUUGAACCUCUCUUCAAUCUCCCGGUCCGCAACGCCGCGGUCGCGCAGAACAUGCAUUUGCACAAUCGUAUUGAGGUCGAGAAACUCGCGUCCCUGGAAUCCCUUCCUGCCGAGCGCCUCAAACUCAGACCGCGCCGCCACCUCCGCGAGACGCCGCGCCUCGAGCGCGCCGAGGGUCGAGUUGUUCCGCGCCGAGGGGAAGAGUGGUCCCGUGCCGCCGCUCGGCGGUGCGUGCGCGUCCGAGGGCGACGACGCCGGCGCGGGGCGCGCGUGCGACGAGGGGCUGUAG